UUCACCGGAAACGUUCUUGACGCCAUUUGUUAGCUCGGUUAGCUUGACGCUGCUAACAACAAAGUUCCUCCUCUCGUCUCCGGGCAGUGAAAAAGGGGGAGUGAAGCGUCUUUUCUGACACUGUUUUGUCCGCUGCCGAGGUUCAGAGAAGUCGAGAUGUUUCAUGAUUUCGCCGCCCGGAGAAGACGAAGAAGCGGGUUUGUGGUGAAAAGUCUCCAUAAAUAAAAACAGCAGCGGUUUGUUUCGGGGUCGUCCUGGUUUUUGCAGCCUUUUCGUCAUCUCUGUCAGUGCGGUGAGUUAAAUCAUGGCCUUCUUCGUGAAGAAGAAGAAAUUCAAGUUCCAGACCCAGCUGACCCUGGAGGAGCUGACCGCCGUGCCUUUUGUCAACGGGGUUCUGUUCUGCAAGCUGCGGCUGCUGGACGGAGACUUCGUCGCCACUUCUUCCAGACAGGAAGUUCAGGAGAACUGCGUCCGCUGGAGGAAGAGGUUUACCUUCGUGUCCAAGAUGAGCGCUAACCCCCACACUGGAGUCCUGGACCCGUCCGUCUGCAGGGUGUCGGUCCGGAAGGAACUCAAAGGAGGAAAAGCAUACACGAAGCUGGGCUUCACCGACCUCAACAUGGCAGAGUUCGCCGGUUCUGGCUCCACGGUGCGCUGCUGCCUGCUGGAAGGAUACGACACCAAGAACACGCGGCAGGACAACUCCAUCCUGAAGGUGAUCAUCGGAAUGACUCUUCUUUCUGGAGAUCCGUGUUUUAAAACCCCUCCAAGUACAGCAAAGUCCAUCUCCAUCCCGGGACAGGAACACACCCUGCAGCUGGACUGUAAGGGGGAGGGAACCGGGCCAGCUGGAGGGGUUUCUCUGGGCCGAGUUCCGAAGCCUCGGCCUUCCCUCAUCGGCUCAGGUCUGCUGGAGGAGCCGGAGGCGAGCCAGAACCAGGUCGGUCCCGCAGAAGCCUUCCAGACCGGACACUCCCGGAACUCCAGCUACGCCAGCCAGCACAGCAAAAUCUCAGGGUACAGCACGGAGCACUCCUGCUCCUCCAGCCUGUCGGACCUCACCCACCGCAGGAACACCUCCACAGGAAGCAGCGCCUCCGGGGGUUUGUGCUUCAGUGCCGACACCCCACCGGAGGGAGACAAGGACGCCGGACGUCCAGAGAGACCCCCUCGCCCCCCGCGGCCCGUGCUGCUUCCCAACCGACCUCCCAGGAGGAAGCAGGACUCUGUGGAGAGCCAUCCCUCCUGGGUGAACGACACCCGCAUCGACGCCGACGACAUCGUGGAGAAAAUCGUCCAGAGUCAAAACUUUGCAGAUAUCAACAACACCGAAGGGUCUCCGCCGGCGGCUACGAGCCGGUGGUCAUCGAGAGCCACUGAGUCGUGCAGCAGAGGAAAGGGGCGGGGCCACGCGUCCGCCUCGUUUUCCCAUCUCACUGCUUUAACUGGAGCUUCAGCUGGUCUGACGCCACGAGAGGAAAAACAGAAAACGUGUCCGUUUGCACUUUAUGUCCAGUUUGUCUCUCCGAUCAGCUGAUCAGAGAAAAGAUGUUAGAUUUCAGGAAACACUUCUGUCAUUUUACACCAAAAUCAUCCGUUUGUCCCCAGAAAUGAUUUUAAUCUGAGGCUUUAGGCUCCGCCUGCACAGGUUAAAGAUAAUUAACGCCGUUUAAAGUUACUAAUUUACUCCUCGAAUUAAAAAAAAAUCUGUUUUGAUGCUUUGAGUCAAGCAGACAACAGCUAAACUUUUAAAUUCUUUUGAUAUUUAAUGUUUUCUGUAAUAUGUUUCAAGCAACUAAAAUCAGUUAAAUCAGAUUUGCUUGUUUCCUGAUGUUUAUUAUUUUUCUCUCCUGCUAAAAUAAUGUGACCUGUUUUCAUUUAAACACAAAUAUUUUCUGCUAAAUCGAGCCUUUUCUUUUUAUGUUGGUACUUAAACCAGUCUGCUUCAGCCUGAAUGUGAAUUUAGCUUUUUUUAGUAUCAGUUUAUUCUUUAAGAUUUGACAGAAGACUGACUUUCUAUAAGCACUUUCUACCUUCACAUUAACCUUAAUCAUCUAUUUGAAAAAUGGGAGAUCAGUUUAAUAAAAGAUCUGAAUCAGAAGUAAACUGGUUUAAGCGUAGACGAUAAAUAAAAAUACUGAUUAAAUGGGCAAAAUUUGGAGAAAUUUCACAAACAUUUAUUUUAUUUAUGUGCAAAAACUUUUUUCCUUGCAAAUUAGAGACUUUCCAAUAUAAAUAAGAGUUUUUUUUAUAUAAAUAUGACAUUGAUAGAAUUAAGGAGAAUUUUCUCCAGGUUUGCUCAUUUUAAUAAUAAUGACACUAAUUUACCUUCAUAGAUUUAGCAGAUUAAACAUCAUAAAUAAAAACAAGGGAAUAAAAUAAAACUUUGGAUGAGGAGGAGGCAUCUGUAAGGGGAUAAAUGGAUGAUGAUGGGUUAAAUUUGUUUUUUUAACAGACCUGUUUAACAUAAGCUUGAUCCACUUUUGUUUAUUUUUUGUGCCUUUUUGUUAUUUUUUUUUUUAUUCCCUCUUUGGUCAGCAGAGGCUUUGAAGAAGAAAGCCACAGUUUAUUUUGUUUUUGUGUUGCUACAUAUCACCCAAACCCCAUCUGUGUUUCUGAAUGGUGACUAAUAAUCCAGCUGGUUUGGGUUUAAUAAUCAUGACAGGAACCAGCUCCACCUUUUAAAACAUUUUUGUUGUUUUUCCAUCGAAGCCCAGAUCUAAAACAGGAUCAACUAACUUUCUGUGCAGUUUACACGUGUUUCGCACAAUUAAAGCGUUUGAAGUGUGGACAUUUAAACGUUAGCAGAAACUUUUUUUUGUUUUGUUCCCUGUAGAUCAGGGAGGUUUACCAGAACCACUCAGUGCCUGUAAAGUUUCUCUUGAAUGACCCUAAAGCACCAUGAACCCUGUGGUGAGAGUGCUUGUGACGGUGAGGAGAGAAAUGUGUUUUUUUUUUUUUUUUUUGCCUCGGCUGAUCUGUGAAACGAACACAACCCUCAGUGCGUGCAGAAAAACUGAGCUGCAUUUCUAAUCAGUUCUUUCUGCUCUCCCUUCAGCCGACAACAUGUGCAAUCAGCUAAAGAAGCAGUACAAAUAAUUCAGUGUUUUUGUUUUUUUAUUGAGUCCAGCUGCAGGAGGAGGGGAUUUCAGGAGUGCUUGCAUCUGUUAAAGCUUUCGUUGCCCCCUGGUGGAGCAACGAUUCUUGUUUACAACGAUCCAAACACUAACCAAACAGGAAAAAUGAGCAAUUUGUGUUGCUGAAUGCAACAAAAAAACGGUAACAUGACAGUGCUGGAAACCAGCUGGCUGGUUUUUAUUGUUCUGGUUUGUUUUACAAACAUAUUUUCUACCUGAAGAAGGCAAAAAUAGAUUUAAAUUUUAUAAAAAGCAUUAAAAUCUAACAUCUAAUGUUCUCCAAAAUUUUUCUUUUUUUUCAUCAAAAUCCUCAGUUACCAUUUAUUUUUGUUUUUCUCUUGUUUAUUUUAACAGAAACCUCCUGCUUAUGAUGGUUUUCUGUUAUUCUUAUAAACAUUUAGAGGUUUUAGUUAAAACAGAAUCAAUAAUUUGAAAAGUCCACUCAGUGCUAACAAGGUUUAUUUUCAUUAAAAUUUGGCAAAAGCUUUUCUUACAGAUUUUAGCUCCCUUUAGUUUUAAAAGUGUUUUCUCCACAUCUUUGUGCCUCAUUUUGCAACUUAUAUCAUUUGUAUUUACACAUUUCUGUAGCAGCUUUAUGUUUAAUCACUUUUUCCACACAUGGGAUGAACCACUGAAAGUUUAUUCUGAAUUUGGGUUUACAUCGCCGUUUUCCUUUAAAAGCAUGUAUUUAAAUAUUUUAGUUUCUCUUUAUUUUCGUCAGGAGGUUGUUAUAAGCUACGCACACCACUUGCCUCUUUGAGUUCAUUUUGUUCCUCUUUAGUGAUUCUAAAAAAAAAGGAUUCUAUUCAAAAUUUAUAGAAAGCGGGGUUAUACACAGUUGAUUUUUUUUUGGUGCAUUUGUGCAGAAAUUGCUUAUAAACAAUAAAAAAGGCUAAACUAA